AAUGGUGCGACGACUUCCAGACACGCAACACUAGCAUGCUACAAGGCAUUAUCGAGGACAAACCCUGCGCUCGUACAACAUUGGGAGAGGACUGGCCAAGCUAAAAUUGCUCUCAAAUCCUCGUCAGAGGACGAGCUACUCGAACUCGAAGCAGUUGCUAAGAGCCUCAAUCUCUGCGCUCGAUCAAUACUAGACGCUGGUCGUACACAGAUCGCGGCAGGUUCCCGCACUGUUCUUGGUAUUGGUCCUGCACCCGUAGAUCUCAUCAAUCAGGUGACAGGCCACCUGAAGCUCUUGUAG